UUCAGUUUCAACUUUCAAAUUCUCAACAAAUUCAAAAGUCAAGCCAUUUGCGGGGUGUAAAAUAAGUGAACAUUUUAACCCAUAAUUUUUUUUUUAAUUAUUUUGCAAUAUCGUAAUACUUAUAGGUACAAUAUAUUAUUAUUUAAAAAUUUAGAAGGACUUUAAGUAAAUGAAUACAAAUAAUUCAAGUUGAUAGCUUUGUAGUUGAUUCGCAACUUCUAUUUUUGUUAAAAAAAAUCGUAAUGAACUAUGAAGUGAAUUGGUGCGAACAUUAUUUGUGGGAUAUUUUAUGCUUCAAUUGAUAAUGUUCUUCGAUAAUUUGUACAAAAACAGGCAUAUUAUGCAGGAGUUUGAGGAUACAGAGGUGCAUAAAACUAGUGUUUCCGUAUUUGUGGCGCUUUUUUAUCUAGAGAUGCUGUAUGUCUUGCUCAUGACCCUAUCUAUACUGAAUAGAUUGAAUCAGUUGUCUUCUUGAUUAUAAAAAAAAAAUUAACAAAAAUGAAUAUUAUAUAUGAGGAUGGCAAGAAAUUAAUUCAUAGCGAUGAAGCUGAUCGCCUGUAUCUACUUGUAGAUGGUAGUAAUGAAGUCUAUGUGGAUAACUUUCUUCUGGAACAGCAUCAAAUUGAUGGACUUAGAUUUAUUUUUAGACUGUUUAACAAGAAAUGCCCAGGAAUAGUAGUAAACUUUCCACCGGCAUGUGGCAAAUCAGCAACAGUUGCGUUAUUCCUGAACACAGUCACCAAUAUACUGAAGAACCCGGUCCUGAUUAUUUGUAAAGAUGCCAAUGAAAUGCUGUAUUGGAAGGAGAUUCUACUUAAAUGGUCUUCUUAUGUAGAUGAUGAGAUAGCGGUGGAAUCAUUAAACCCUUUUAUCAAAGGAAAAAAAGUGUUUCUAAAAACGCACGAGAAUAUGACCUCUUACCUGCGUCGCCAUUGGAGUAUUGUUAUUAUAAAGGAGAAUAUGGACAUGUUUAAACUUAAAUUUGAAGCCGAUUUCAAGAUAUUUAUAACUUCGACUGAUAUAAAGAAAGACCUCGGUCUGCUUUCCAAAGUUUACACCUGGCUCUAUCCAAAGCCGAAGGUAAAUAUCCUUGAUUUUCUAGCCAAAGACAAUCGCCCUAAAGAAACAUUUCGAAAAUCAGUACAACUAAAUUUUUUAUUAGAGGAUGUUGCGAUUAGACGGUAUAUUAACCUAGAACCGUUCCAGACAACUAAGACAACAGAUAAUGUAACAGAAAACGUGUCAGAAGUGGAAAUAAGCGACCGAAAAAGGCAUUUAAAAAAUAAGGAUGCCACCGGUACAAAAACUAAAAGAUCAAAAAACGUCUUAUCCGAUAAUAUCAUUUUGAAUAGAAUAAUAGAUCAAAGCGACGUUUCAUUAAGUGACAUAAAGAAAAAUAAUGAUUUUGAUGACAGUAAUGCUAAUGAUCCUACAAUAAUUAUUAUUGAUGAUAGUGAUGUAGAUGAUAACAAUGCUAAUAGAAGCAAUGAUAAAACUUUAUGUAAAUUAGACGUGGAGAGCUUCAUUCGCAAUCAAAAACCUGUUAAUAUUCACCCUUUGGAUAAACUAUCAUUUUUAUACGAUAGAGAGAUAUCAAAAAUUAAAUCUAAAUUUACUGAAUCUAACCUAAAGAUUCAAGAUUCUGAGGACAAAAAUAGUAAAAAUAGUGAUUUAGGCACAAAACAACUACUACAGAAAGAAAAAAUAGAGUCAGGUGAUUCAGAUAAAUCUUCAGUAAAAGAUGAAUCAUUAAAUUUUGCGAAAGAUUCUGAAAAAGAAGAAACAACAGAGUCAUUAAGAUUUGAGAUUAGUCCUGUAGUUAACCAAACCGAAAUCAAAAAUUUGAACGAAACGCCAAAUUCGGAAAGGACCAAGUCAACCGAGGCAAUGAAUUUUAAGAAAAAGUCUAAAGUUACCUUAAUUGAUGUUGAUGAAAUAAACACAUCGCCAUUAAUGGAAGAAUCGACGGAAUCAUUAAGUUUCAGUAGUGAUCCGAUAGUUAAUAUAGAUGAGAUGAAAGGUUUAUGCAAUAAAAACAUGCUAAAAAAACAAUUAAUUCAGUCAUCAGGUGUUGACGACGAUGAGUGUCGUGCUGUCAAAGUCGAACUUCAAGGUGAAAUAGUCAAUCAAUGUGCUUCCGAUUUAAAGGACAAUGAAUUAAGUAUAACAAAAGUAGAACAAGAUGGGGACUCGAGUGAAGGAAAGAAUGUUAAUGACGGUAGUAACAAAACAAAGUCUGAUAACAGUGGCAAAGAUUUAGAUAACAAGAUUUCAUUAAUGGAAGAAAGAGCGCUCAAAAAGUUUAAAGGAUCCAUUCUUGAUAGCUUAUUCUAAUCAAAUUUUUAUAUGAAACGUUGUUUUUUAAUGGGAAGUAUUUAAAUCGAGCGAAUACGAAUGUUUAUUAAAGGUAUCGUUAUUACUGAAUAUUGCUUACUAAAAUACAAAAGUGGACGAAUAUUUUGUGGCGAAUAUCCACUUUUAAACUAAGUUUAUCCACUCCUUUUAAACGCAUAUCCACUUUCACACAAUAUAUCCAUCUCGUCUUCGGUCUUUCUCUAAUCCUUUGCCUUUUCACAUAUAUUUUUAACAUGCUUCUGGUAACGUGAAUUUAUUUAUAUUCGCCAACUUUCAUUUUAAAAUGCUUAGUAUAGUUUUAAUUAUUAUGAGAUCAGGUUAAUCAUUUCUCAGUAUCAGCAGAUAAUUUUAUUUUAUAUUUAUUUUUACUGAGUUCGUUAAGUAUUACAGUAUCUCAUUGGCGGUUGCUUUAUUAUAUUUUAUUCGCUUGAUAUAUAUAUGAUAACAGAUGUGAGGUGAGUGAGCUCACUCACUUCACAUUGACUUGACUGCAGUUAAAUAUUGAAUAUAUUAAAAUUCGUCAAGCGUCAGGGAUUCAAAUCAUAUGUUACGCAUACUUAAAGAGUAUCAAGUAUUUUUAAUAUUAUUUAUCUUAAUAUAUAUAAAUCUCCUGUCACGAUGUUU